CGAGAAAUCUUUUUGGCGCUCUCCUUCGCUUCCCACAUGUAACGGUGAACAAACAUGAGUUUCGCGCAAGUUCACAGCGAUGUAAUGACGCUCAUGUUCGAAAACCUUGCCAAGGAGUUCCGUGACAAGAAGACGGUUUCCACGAAAACGCUGAAUGAGCUGGACCACUUCUUCAGAGCCCCCCUUCAGCCGGCUAUGAGACUCGUUGAUAGGCGCCGUGUCAAGCGACUGACCUGUCCGCGAGGCCGUGUGGUCUAUCGAGUCUCUGGCGAAACGAGGGCAUUCUACACUUGCCUGCCGAGCAGCAAUUUCUGCGCCUGCUAUUCGUAUCUGCACCAAGUGCUACGAAAACAAGAGAUACCAAUGUGUAAGCACGUCCUUGCGUCAAGACUGGCAGAAGCACUUGGAGCUUGCGAAGACAUCGGUUGCACGGAUGACACAAUGAUGUUCAUGUUGCAAGGCCUCAGUUGAUUAACAUAUGGCUGUGCUUUUGCUGCUCUUAUCAGCUGAGCAGGUCUAAUUAACAGACUCUGCUCAAAUGCAUUGCCAGUACAGAAGUAUGCACACUCCAGACAUAUGUGCAGCUUAGACAUUUACUGUUUGAUGAAUUUGUCAACACCUGCAGAAUCUCGUAGGUGUCAUUAUCAUCACCCAGAAUGACGAACUUAGUGUGCAA